UUCCAUUUCUGUCAUAUCCAGUAAAACCUCGGACCCUUUCUAUCUCUAAGUUAUUAAAAAAUUGUUGGACCAAUUGGUUUGAAUAUGGAAGAUCGAUGGUUACAUUUGUUACAAGUUUUGGAAUCUGACCAUGGACUAUCCGAGGGUCGAAAUCUCGAUAGACUUAAAUAGGCUACAUCUGAGUUACUUCUUCACAGAUUGAUUGUUCUACACAGCAAAAGUUGGCUAGUAAGGUGACUAAGAAGGUUUUGAUGCCCAUUUGCCAUAAAGUAAUGGGUUUUGCCACUCGUGUGUUUCGGCUAUUCCUGUUAAUCCCAUUCUGUUUUUUUGCAGCAGAGGGAACUGUUCAGGAAUAUAAUGCUAUUUGGACACUAAGGGAUGAAUGGGGCAUCAACCCUCGAAGUUGGGUUGGUUCAGAUCCUUGUGGCGACUGGAAUGGUAUUAAUUGCACCAAUUCAUGGAUCACUGCUAUAACAUUGCCAGACAUGCGUUUGAAAGGUGGGCUACCUAGUGAUAUCGAGACGUUAUCUGAGCUACAGAUUCUGAAUCUGGCUUUCAAUGAGGACCUGAAGGGACAGCUUCAAGCAUCAAUUGGAAACUUGAUCAAACUAGAAACCUUAAUCCUGGAUGGUUGCAGAUUCUCUGGUCCUAUUCCAGCUACAAUAGGAUCUUUAAAGCAACUUUCUUAUCUAUCUCUGAAAAACAAUAGAUUUAGUGGUCCAAUUCCACCUUCCAUUGGCAAUCUAGCCAAUCUUGUCUUUCUGGACCUAUCAGACAACAUGCUUGGGGAUUCCAUUCCAGUCUCUAAUGGGACUGCACCUGGUCUUGAUAUGUUAAAUAAAACACAGCACUUUCAUUUGUCAAAUAACCAGCUCUCGAGCAGCAUUCCACCUCAACUGUUCAGCUCAAAUAUGUCUCUGAUACAUUUGAUUUUUGACAGAAAUAAUUUUACUGGCAACAAUAAGCUGACUGGCCCGGUGCCCAACCUUACUCUCAUGGAUUCCCUCAACUAUGUGGAUAUGAGCAAUAAUACUUUUGAUGCUUCAGAUAUUCCUAAUUGGUUUUCAACUUUGAAGUUCUUGACAACAUUGAUGAUGGAAAACACAGGACUUCAGGGACAAGUCCCUCAAGCCCUUUUCAGCCUUCAAAAUUUGGAGACAGUGAUACUGAAGAACAACAGUCUCAAUGGUACAUUGGAUAUUGGAGCAAAUUAUGGCAACCAAUUGAACCUAAUUGAUCUGCAGAAGAACAACAUUGCUGAUCUUGCACCAAUUGAUGAGGGAUCCAACUACACAUUGAUUCUAGUUGACAAUCCAAUUUGUGAGGGGAGUCAGAAUAACGUGGCAAACUAUUGCAAUGUUUCUCCUCGUAAUCCCUCAAUUUCAACUACACCAAGUAAUUGUGCUGCCUGUAGUUCCCGCCAGGUUGCUUCCCCCAACUGUAAAUGUGCAUCUCCCUAUACACGGACUCUAGUCUUCUUAUUUGUUUCUUUCUCAAACUUGGAUGACGUCAAUUAUUACAAAGCUCUCUCAGACAAUCUCACAAGAUCUUUUCAGUCCAAAAACCUUCCUGUGGAUUCAGUUUCACUGAGUCAUCCGAGUUGGAGCUCAUCUUAUCAACUUGAAAUUAUCAUAGAAAUUUUCCCAUCCGGUGAUCAAGUUAGCUUCAACCAAACAGAAAGAUCAGCGAUUACAUCUGUUCUUAGCAAGCAGACUCUAGAGGGACGUCCAAAGUUUUUUGGACCCUACUCUUUUGUUGUUCUUUACACCAACUCUGGAGGAUCAAACAAGGCCGUGAUAAUUGGAACGGCAAUUGGUGGUUCUGUGCUCCUUUCAUUAUUAGUCCUUGUAGGGCUUUAUGCUCUCCACCAGAAGAGGAAAGCAGACGAGUCAUUGAGUGGAUCGAUCCCUUUGCAGACAGGGAUUUCAAAUAGCAGUGCUAGUGGUCCUCAACUAAAAGGAGCAAGAUUGUUCUCAUUUGAAGAGCUCAAGAAAUGCACCGAUGGUUUUUCAGAGGCAAAUGAUAUUGGAUCUGGGGGUUAUGGCCAGGUGUAUAAGGGAAUUCUUCCAACAGGCCAAAUGGUUGCCAUUAAAACAUUGGCCUUGUAGGUUAAACGGGAAUCUAUGCAGGGAGGAGUUGAGUUCAGAGCUGAGGUUGAGCUCCUAUCACGAGUACAUCAUAAGAAUCUUGUUGGCCUUGUAGGUUUUUGUUUUGAGCAAGGAGAACAAAUAUUGGUAUAUGAGUAUGUUCCAAAUGGUGAUUUGAGGGACAGCCUAUCAGGAAUUCCAUGGAAGUCCGGAAUCAGGUUGGACUGGAUGAGAAGACUUCAAGUAGCACUUGGUGCAGGGAGAGGUCUGGCAUAUCUUCAUGAACAUGCAAACCCAACCAUCAUACACCGGGACAUCAAAUCAAACAACAUACUACUCGAUAAAGAUUUAAAUGCAAAAGUUGCUGAUUUUGGUCUCUCGAAGUCAAUUACUGAUAGUGGAAUGGACCACUUAUCUACUCAAGUUAAAGGGACACUGGGCUACUUGGAUCCUGAAUAUUAUAUGACUCAACAGUUGACUGACAAGAGCGACGUGUAUAGCUUUGGCGUGGUAAUGUUGGAGCUGCUAACUGCUAGAAGGCCAAUAAUGCAAGGGAAUUAUAUAGUGAGAGUGGUACAGAUGACAAUGGAUAAGUCGAAAGAUUUGUACAACCUUGAUGAUAUUCUUGAUCCAUUCAUUGGUUUAGGAACAGAGCUGAAAGGUGUAGAAAUGUUUGUGGAUUUGGCAAUGUCUUGUGUAGAAGAAUUAAGGCAUAAAAGACCAAGAAUGGGGGAAGUGGUGAAACAGAUAGAGAACAUUAUACAAAUUGCUGCUUUGAACGCCGGUACUAAUCCAUUGUCAACUUCAGCAAGUUAUGAGGAAUAUGAGUGUAAGGACAGCGCCGAGGAUGUUUACAGCAGACCCUUUGAUUAUAGUGGAAGGGGUUUUUGACGGAUGAAGAUGGAAGUUUAGUGAGUAUGAUAAUUCUUUUAUAAUUUUUUUUUUUUUUUGAUCAAAUAAGAACUUCAUUAAUAAUGAACUGCUUACAACGAGUUUUUGGCGACAUCUCUUACUCAGAGAUGGCCACUAGACUUCCCACUGGGAACUCUAUAUAAUGACUCUAAACUUGCACUACAACUGUAUGACAAAGACAAUAAACGCAGGAGCAGUAAAUCCUUGACAUCGCGCCUCUCGUCCAGCCAGUAAGGACUCUAAGACUAGACAACUCACUUGUGUCAACACGAACUCACCAACCAGAGUCCUCCUGACCAGCUUUUGAUCGACCAAGCCAACACUCGUUGUGACCUAAACUCGACCAAAAGGAUUGCUGGACAUUCAAACCUGGGACU